UUGGAGGGUCAUAAUCUCAAACACUAGUGGUGGGAGAUUCGAUAAUAUCUUUUUUUUUAUUUUUACUCAAUACAAUUUUCGAAGCACUAUAUGAUAUAUGUGAGCCGGAAAGUGUGGCAUUUUAGACAGCAGAGCAUGGUAUGUUGGCACGCCUCGAGUUUAAAGGCUCGCUAAAUCACAUUGUGUGCUCGUGUGUGCUCUCCUUGGUUGAUCAGCACCGCACGUGAGAUUUGGUUUCUUCCAUUAUCCAGAGAAAGUUGAGGAAGAUCAAGGAGAAAGACUCGGACCAUGGUCGCCAUAUGAAGGGCUUCGACAGGCUCAAGGUUAGGUAUCCCGGUGCACUCUUGGUUGCUGAGGAUAUUGAGGCGGUACCCGAGGAAGCAGAUGAGGCUGAUGCAGUGGGAAUUCAGGGUGAAGGAGUUGAAGAGGAAGAAAUCGUCAUUAAUGAGAUUGUUCGCACAAAGUACUUCGAUAUGCCCCCUCUGACUGUUAGUGAGGCAGUCGAGCAGCUGGAAAACCUCGAUCAUGACUUCUAUGGCUUUCGCAACGAAGAAACUGGUGAGAUCAACAUAGUUUACAAACGGAGAGCCGGGUGAUACGGUCUCAUCAGCCCUAAACAAAACGGUGAAACAGAGAAACUGGAGCCUGUGGUCGUUAAGUCGACAUCGAGCAGAUUCCUGCUCAAGAAGGUGUUUUGAGAUGAAAAUGAGUAAAAAAUGAAGUUUGUAGAGAGUCAAAAAUUAUGAGAUCUCUUGUAAAUGAUGUUCAGUUCC